AUGCCCAUGACAUGGAACGAGGCGGCAGAUGCUAAGCUUCUUCUGGCCAUCCUCAAGACCGGAAACGUGAAGCCCGACUACGACCGCAUCGCUCAGUAUCUGGGUCCAGAGUGUACACCCAUCGCGGCUCAGCGCCGGAUCCAACGUCUGAAAGAACGCGCCUCCUCGGAACAAACCGCAGACGGCCCUCCCGCCCUUCCCUCGACCCCUACCAGGGAUUCCACCGGCGGCGUUGAUCCUGCCUCCGCUCACGGCACCCCCGCCUCUGGGCCGAGGAAGCGAGGAAGACCUCCCAAGGUGAAGGUGGAAGCCGAUGGUAGCGCUGAGGCGGCGCCGGUGACUCCGAAGAAGAGAGGCCGCGCUAAGAAGGUCAAGGCUGAAGAGAUGGAAGAGGAGGCUCCGCAUGGAACGACCGACACGAAUGAUGGAUCUCAGCCCGUGUAUCAGAGUAUUGAGGAUGCUUACAUGCAGGAGGCGAUCUGAUUCGCUUUCCUAGAUCUCGGGUCUGAUUUUUCGUGAUGUACUUAAUCUGGCUCUUGAGCUGCAACUUUAUUGUGGGGAUGGCGAAGCUGGGUUGUGCUUCGGAAUGUCGAAGAUAUGAGAUGGGUUUUAUUGCAGUUCUAGGUUGGGGGUUUUUAGUUCUACGUGGGAUAGGC